AUUUUCUUCAUUAAUAAGAAAACAAAAAAAUAAAAUCAAAUAAAAAUAAAAUAAUUUCAUAGAAGCCUAAAAAAUACUUAGAUGCGGAGAUAAACGGAGGUGGGAGAGAGAAAGGUUCACGGCGGCUUUGAAGCUACAAGACCUGCAAUUUCGGCGAUCGGAAGCUGAAAUCUUGGCGUGAAGAAAUCGAAAAUGAGAGGCGAAGCUAGCAGCAGCAACAUCAAUAACAGAGGACGGAGCGUGGUGGCGGAUUGCGGUCGGCAGAAAAGCUCUUGUGGCUAUUGCAAAUCUGGCGCUCGAACCAGCAUCUCUCACGGUCUCUGGGCACAAAGCAUUACAGUUGAUGACUAUCAAGAUCUACUUGACCAGGGAUGGAGGAGAUCUGGAUGCUUCCUCUACAAACCUGAGAUGGAAACGACAUGUUGCCCAUCAUAUACCAUUCGUUUGAAGGCAAGUGAUUUUGUUCCUUCAAAAGAGCAAAAUCGAGUGUACAGACGAAUGCAGAGGUUUCUGGAUGGCACACUGGAUGUCAAAAAACCAGUUCAACCUAUAGAGGAUCCAGCUACUGGCAGCUGCGUCCAUCAAGUUUCAAGCUCAGCAGCAGAUGAAUCUUUGUCUCAUAAGAAUAAAGGAGAGAAAAAGACAGAAGAGUUUAUGCAGCAUUUAUCUAAUCAAAUUGACAAUGCGAUGCAUGCAUGCAGUGAGGUUGGGGAAUUUCCUUCAGGCAUUCAAUUGCCAAAAGCUUUAGUGAAAAAGGUUUCACAUUCCGAAAAGAAGCCUUUAUUUGAAGGAUCCGAAGAUCUUGUAUAUACAAGCAACAUUGCCUUCCAAAUAGAAGCCACAUUGAAGCGUGCACAAUCAGCUGGGAAGGAUGUCCAGCAGUCCAAAUUUAUUGCAGAGAAGGUUGUGAAUUCUUUAAAUCAGUUGACCAAAUUUUCUGGUCUGUCUGUUAGGGCUUACAAUGGACAUAUCAAUUUUCAUUCCUCUGGAAAAGAUGAGUAUUUAGAUGGAAACAUUCAAAUUGUUACUCUACCUGAAGAAUCUGCAACAGGGAGUGGAAGCAAAAGCUCUUUAUCUAUUUCUAAGUGCUUUAUAAAUCCUCAAGGAACAAAGAAGCUUGAGAUUCGUUUAAAAAGGUCUAGUUUUGAUCGUGAAGAGUAUGAAUUGUAUGAGAGAUAUCAGAUUAAAGUGCACAAUGAUUCACCUGAUCAUGUCACAGAGAGCUUAUACAUGGGAUUUUUGGUUGAAACUCCUUUAAUAUUUGUUCAACCAUCAAAUGAUGGUCUGGUUCCUCCCUGUGGCUUUGGCUCUUUCCAUCAGCAAUACUUAAUUGAUGGUCAGCUAGUUGCAUUUGGUGUUAUAGAUAUCCUUCCUAGAUGUUUGUCAAGUAAAUACUUAAUCUGGGACCCUGAUUAUGCCUUUCUAUCACUGGGUAAGUAUUCUGCUAUCCAAGAGAUAGGUUGGGUAAAAGAGAAUCAAGUCAGUUGCCCCAGUCUUCAGUAUUAUUAUCUUGGUUAUUAUAUAUAUUCCUGCAGCAAGAUGAGAUAUAAAGCAGCAUAUCGCCCAUCUGAGCUUCUUUGUCCUCUUCAAUACAAGUGGGUUCCAUUUGAUGUAGCAAGGCCUCUACUUGACAAAAAGAAGUAUGCUGUCUUAUCUGAUUAUGCCAGUUUACAGAAUGGGGAGUCCUCCAAUUCUGGAGUUGCAGAAAGUGCCUUGGAAUUGCAACAGGAUGAGAUUAACCGAGAAGACAGAAAUGAUGUUCGUAUGGAUGAUGAUGAAGAAAUGCUUGUGCCUGAAUCUGAAAGUUCUGAUGAUGAAUUAGAACCAGAAACCAGUGAUCUGAUGUCUCUUGGAAUUGAAGAUGGGGAUGUGACUAAAAUUUUAAUUGGGUUGAGAGGAUCUCAAGUGAGAUAUAAGGUAUGUAAGUACAAGUAGAAGAAUGUAACUAUUGGAAAGGGGAAAGUUCAUUUUUUUGUAUCAUCUGUCUCCUUAUCUAAAAUUGGCACUGCUGUAUAAUAUAAUAAACCCCUUAAAUAAUAGGUAGUGCUGUUGUUUGGAGUUGAAAAUUCUUUACAACAUCGGAUGAAUCCAAUAUGGUAGAAGUAAAAUAUUGUGUCUGAGAAAGGAACCUGAAUCCUUGGAUAGGGGACAGGAAUACAGAUAGAUAUCUUUG